CUCAAGGUCCGCGGUCCGACCCUGUCCAGCCCGCCGCGACGGGAUCCGGAGUCUGCCCCGCUGAGCCUCGACGCGCCGCCCGGCGCCUACCCGUCAGUUCGAUGGGUCGGCAGUCGCCGCUGCCCCCUGCCGCGGCCGCCCUGCUCUGGGGUUUCCUGCUCCCUCUGACAGCUGCUCAAGAAGCAAUCCUCCACGCUUCUGGAAAUGGCACGCCUUCACCGUCUAAGGACUACUGCAUGCUAUAUAACCCUCACUGGACAUCUCUUCCAAGUACCCUAGAAAAUGCAACUUCCACUAGUUUAAUGAAUCUGACUACCACACCACUCUGCAACAUUUCUGAUAUUCCUCCUGAGGGAAUAAAGAACAAAGCAGUUGUGGUACAGUGGGGAACCUGCCGUUUUCUUGAAAAAGCCAAAAUUGCACAAACAGGAGGUGCUGAAGCUUUGUUGGUUGCCAAUAACAGUGUCCUAUUUCCUCCCUCAGGGAACAAAUCUGAAUUUCUUGAUGUGAAAAUAUUGAUUGCUUUUAUAAACCACAAAGACUUUAAAGAUAUGAAGCAGACUCUCGGAGAUAACAUUAUUGUGAAAAUGUAUUCUCCAUCGUGGCCUAACUUUGACUAUACUAUGGUGGUUAUUUUUGUAAUUGCUGUAUUCACUGUGGCAUUAGGAGGAUACUGGAGCGGGCUAAUUGAAUUGGAAAACAUGAAGGCAAUGACAAACACUGAAGAUAGAGAAAUGAGGAAAAAGAAGGAAGAAUACUUUACUUUUAGCCCUCUAACAGUUAUAAUAUUUGUGGUCAUCUGCUGUAUUAUGAUGGUCUUACUUUAUUUCUUCUACAAAUGGUUGGUGUAUGUUAUGAUAGCAAUUUUCUGCAUAGCAUCAGCGAUGAGUCUGUACAACUGUCUUGCUGCACUAGUUCGUAAGAUACAAUGUGGACAAUGCACGAUUACCUGUCGUGGCAAGAGCAUUGAAGUGAGACUUAUUUUUCUCUCUGGACUGUGCAUAGCAGUAGCUGUUGUUUGGGCUGUAUUUCGAAAUGAAGAUAGGUGGGCUUGGAUUUUACAGGAUAUCUUGGGGAUUGCUUUCUGUCUGAAUUUAAUUAAAACACUGAAGUUACCCAACUUCAAGUCAUGUGUGAUACUUCUAGGCCUUCUCCUCCUCUAUGAUGUAUUUUUUGUUUUCAUAACACCAUUCAUCACAAAGAAUGGUGAGAGUAUCAUGGUUGAACUUGCAGCUGGACCUUUCGGAAAUAAUGAAAAGUUACCAGUAGUCAUCAGGGUACCAAAACUGGCCUAUUUCUCAGUAAUGAGUGUCUGUCUCAUGCCAGUUUCAAUAUUGGGUUUUGGAGACAUCAUUGUACCAGGCCUGUUGAUUGCAUACUGUAGAAGAUUUGAUGUUGAGAUUGGCUCUUCUAUAUACUAUGUUUCCUCCACAAUUGCCUAUGCCAUUGGCAUGAUUCUUACAUUUGUUGUUCUGGUGCUGAUGAAAAAGGGGCAACCAGCUCUCCUCUAUUUAGUACCUUGCACACUUAUUACUGCCUCACUUGUUGCCUGGAGACGUAAGGAAAUGAAAAAGUUCUGGAAAGGUAGCAGCUAUCAGAUGAUGGACCAUCUGGACUAUGCAACAAAUGAAGAAAACCCUGGGACUGCUGGUGAACAGAUCAUCCAACAAUAAUAUCAUGGACAUGCAAUAAUGUGUCGAUUGAUUUUCUACAAAUAGAGUUUGGCUUUUUAAAUUGACUUUUGAAUUUGACAAUCUGAAAGAAACUUCAAUGAUAUGCUUGCAAAUAUGUAUCUGUAAGAGCUGGUACUGACAAUUACAUGAUAAAUGAUUAAAAUACAAUUGCUUUUAACUAUGUUAAAGUUGUGCCUUCACA